AUGUCAACAACACAGACAAUGACAAUAUUGCCUUCAGCACCGGCCACAGAGACGUUCGAACUGAGCCUGAAGACGCCGACCAAGUCUCUGCGCGAACUCACCCGCCACGUCGUGCAGGGCGGCAAAGCCUCCUUCCCCACCGUGAGCGGGCAGUCUUCUUCAUCAGACGAUGAACAAGAUGACGGUGUGCACGGCGAGGUCCCUCCGCCCGUGACGGCCCAGCCUGUCGUGCAGCGCUGGAAUCUGCCCCGGGGAAACAUUGGGCGUCUGGGAUUUGCCUUCUUCUCGUUCAUCGUCACGGGGCUCAAUGAUGGGGCUGUGGGACUCGAGAAAUACUACCACCUGAACUACACGACCGUCUCGUUGGUCUUCCUCACCCCGUUCGCAGGCUAUUCGCUCGCCGCCUUCACCAACGCCACGAUCCACACGAAGCUCGGCCAGCGGGGGAUCGCGGUCCUGGCGCCCCUGUGCCAUAUCGUCACCUACGCCGUGCUGUCCGCGCACCCGCCGUUCCCGGUCCUGGUCGUCAUCAACACCGUGUCCGGCUUCGGCAACGGCCUCACCGAUGCGUGCUUCUGCGCCUGGAUCGGUGCCAUGGACAAGGCCAACGCCGUGCAGGGCAUGCUUCAUAGCUGCUACAGCCUCGGAGCCUUGUUCGCCCCGCUGAUCGCCACGUCCAUGGUCGUCCAUGCGAAGCUGCCCUGGUACACGUUCUACUACUUCAUGGUGAGUGCGACGGUGACACUCCGAGCCAAAGGGGAUGUGGGCGGGACAUUCCUCCUCCUCCUCCUCCUCCUCCGAGCAAAGAUGCUGGGAACCGGCGCUUCAGCCCUGGAACUCAUCGGCCUCAGUAUGAUGUUCUGGCGCAAGACCGGUGAAGUGUACCGGAUCGAGCACCCACGAGACACCGAGGCCACGGGCGGCCGCACGAAAGAGGCGCUCAAGUCCAAAAUCACCUGGAUCUGCUCGGCAUUCUUCUUCACGUACAUGGGCAUCGAAGUCGGUCUGGGCGGCUGGAUCGUGACGUUCAUGCUGCGCGUGCGCUCCGCCUCGCCCUCGGCGUCGGGAUACUCGGGCACGGGAUUCUGGGCGGGCAUGGCGCUGGGCCGGGCGUCGCUGGGCUUCGUGACGGAGCGGUUCGGCGAACGGGUCUGCAUCACCGUGUACCUGGCGCUGUGCCUCGCGCUGCAGCUGGUCUUCUGGCUGGUGCCCAAGUUCAUCGUGUCGGCCGUGGCCGUGGCGUUUCUGGGCUUCUUCCUGGGCCCCAUGUUCCCCGGCUGCGUGAUGAUGGCGGCCAAGUUGCUGCCCAAGCACAUCCACGUCAGCAGCAUCGGCUUCGCCAUGGCCCUGGGCGGCACCGGCGGCACCGUCUUUCCCUUUGCCAUCGGCGCCAUCGCUGCCACUAAGGGCGUCAAGGUCCUCCAGCCCAUCAUCCUCGCGCUGAUCGUCGUGCUGUUGGGUCUGUGGUUGAGCUUUCCACGGGUGAAGAAGAGGGAAUAG